AUGGCGGCGGCCGCCUACGAGCUGCUGGUGCUGGGCGGCGGCUCCGGGGGCCUGGCGGGGGCCCGGCGGGCGGCCGAGCUCGGCGCCCGGGUCGCGCUGGUGGAGCCGCUGCGCCUCGGCGGCACCUGCGUCAAUGUUGGGUGCGUGCCAAAGAAGGUGAUGUGGAACACGGCGGUCCAUGCGGAGUUUAUCCACGAUCACGCUGACUAUGGCUUUGAAACACCAGGUGUCAAGUUCAACUGGAGGACCAUCAAGGAGAAGCGUGACGCGUACGUGCGGCGCCUCAAUGACAUCUAUGAGAACAAUGUUAAGAAGGCUCACAUUGAUAUAAUCCGAGGCUAUGGCAAGUUCACCGCUGAUCCCGAACCAACCAUCGAAGUGGAUGGGAAAAAGUACACGGCUCCUCACAUCCUUAUAGCCACGGGCGGGCGCCCGGCUGUCCCUGCUGACAGUGAAAUUCCUGGUGCCAGUCUGGGGAUGACCAGUGACGGCUUCUUCGACCUGGAGGAGCUGCCCAGGCGCAGCGUCAUUGUCGGGGCCGGCUACAUCGCGGUGGAGAUCGCGGGGAUCCUCUCCACGCUGGGCUCCAAGUCAUCCCUGCUCAUCCGCCACAACGAGGUCCUGCGAACCUUUGACUCCCUGAUCAGCUCAAACUGCACCCAGGAGCUGGAGAACACCGGGGUGGAUGUCUGGAAGCACACACAGGUCAAGGGGAUUGCGAAAUCUCCCCGUGGGCUUCUGGAUGUGACAGUGUCCUCUGUGGUGCCCGGCCACAAGCCGACGGAGGGGGUGAUCCGGGACGUGGACUGCCUGCUGUGGGCCGUGGGGCGGCUGCCCAACACCGAGGGGCUGUGCCUGGACCAAGUGGGCGUGCAGGUGGACCCCAACGGCCACGUGGUUGUGGAUGAGUACCAGAACACCACCAGGAGAGGGAUCUAUGCCGUCGGGGAUGUCUGUGGGAGAGCCCUGCUCACCCCAGUGGCCAUCGCGGCUGGCAGGAAGCUGGCCCACAGGCUCUUCGAGGGCAAGCAGGACUCCAGGCUGGACUACGAGAACAUCCCCACGGUCGUUUUCAGCCACCCGCCCAUCGGCACAGUGGGGCUCACUGAAGAGGAGGCUGUGGCCAUACAUGGGAAAGAGAACGUGAAGAUCUACAGCACAUCCUUCACUCCCUUGUACCACGCUGUCACCCAGAGGAAGGUGAAGUGUGUCAUGAAGCUGGUGUGCGCUGGCAAGGAGGAGAAGGUGGUGGGAUUGCACAUGCAAGGGCUGGGCUGUGACGAAAUUCUGCAGGGCUUUGCUGUGGCCAUCAAAAUGGGGGCCACCAAGGCCGACCUGGACAACACCGUUGCCAUUCACCCCACUUCUGCCGAGGAGCUGGUGACACUGCGCUGAGGCUGCGGGCACGGACACCCCAGGGAUGGCGGCUGCAGCCGGGAAAAAUGUUUUACGUGUUUUCAAAAGUGCCUUACUGCUGGGUGGGUGCGUGGAGGGCGUGUCUGUAGCGUUGAUCUGGUUUGCUGUGGAGUGGGAAGUAAACACUCUGAU